AUGGUCAAAUACGCCCUUCUGCCCUUGGUGGCCGUCGCCCUUGUCCAGGCCGGUAGCCCUGAAUGGCACCAUUCCAGAACCCCUACCUUUUCAGUUGACCCGAAAGUUCACAAGGGCUGCACAUCCUGGAUAAAUGUCGUCGAUGCGGCGGGAAAGCUUACCUGCGAUGCCUUCCUGGACACCAUCAACGUCGCCAAGAGACAAUUCAUCUUCUGGAACCCCCAGCUUAAUGGUGACUGCUCAAACAUCCAGAGCAAGGCGUCUUACUGUGCAUUCCUGCCUUCUCAUGCCACUAAGCAAGCUCGCCAGCGUCCACCCCCAGGGCCAAAUGGCCCAAAGCCUCUUCCGCCAGGUCUCUUCCAGGACGGGUUUGAGCUUGGUAACAGGAAUAGGAAGCGUAGUGAGCCCUAUCCUGCAAAAAAAUGGGAUGGGCCUCAUGGACCGAAAGAAGGUCCUCCACCGGGCUGGAAACUCGGCGGGAAUGGUGGCCAUGGCAAGAAGCUGGUCGCGAAAUCACCAAUGGCUACUGGAAUGCCCUCGCAUACCAUGAUGAUGAAGCACAUUGGAACUGGCAUGCCAGAACCGCGCUCCGAGCCACCCUUCAUGCCACCACACAUCCCUAACCUACCCAAUGAAAUGACGAAUAACAGGGCUGCCUACCCUACCACUAUGACCACCGAACUGAGACCACCUGCUGCUACCAACACCAAGCGCGAUGCCAACGUCCCUGCCUCUACCCCCAGCCCCGUCAGUAUUCCCAUCCUGGGAUGCAAGCAAUUCCACACCGUCAAGGCCGGAGACACCUGUUCCACUGUCGUCAAGCAGUAUCCUGGACUUCGUCUCAGCGAGUUGCUCAAACUGAACCCCAACCUUGGUCCCGCCUGUCCUGCCCUCCCUGCCAAUACCCGAAUCUGCGUAAGAAGAGACCCAAGAACCGGCUCAUUAAACACUCCCUCUGCUGCCGUAGACAUCCAUUCCCGCGAUGUCCAGGACUGGCCAUCUCCCACCAAGCCAGGAACUAACCCAGGCUGCAAGUCGUUUGAACUGAUCAAGAAGGGAGACACGUGUGUGGGCGUUUGCAGAAAGCAUCAUAUCGUCCCCGAGAUGCUCAUUAGGUGGAAUCCAGCUGUCGGACGUGACUGCGAGAUGCUUGAAGUUGGAUACUAUGUCUGUGUCCGUAUUUGA